AUGCUUCCAAGGCAACGUGUUUAUCGCUACCCUUUAGGACGCAACAAUAUUCAAGAUGCCCUUGUGCAAAACAUAGCUGGUGGAAUGAUGUCCUAUGAAAUGGGAGGUCUGCCACUCCAUGAUGUUCUACCACCUAUGCCAAUUCAUGCUUUGGCUACCGCACUUGCAAAUGCUCCUUCUGAACAGCAGAGGACGAUGCUUAGGGAGGCUUUGUAUCCGCUGGUAGAUCAGUUAGAAUAUGAUUUAGCAGCCAAGGUUACUGGCAUGCUUUUGGAGAUGGACCAGCCUAAAGUAUUACAUCUGAUUGAAUCACCUGAUGCUCUCAAGGCUAAAGUUGCUGAAGCCAUGGAUGUGCUGAGAAAUGUUGCUCAACAAGGUAAUAGCCCGGCGGAUCAACUAGAUUCACUAUCUCUCAACGAUAAUCUGAAAGAUUUGGAGGACAUUGAAGAAACUGCGGCGCGAGAGGAAGAAGGGAGAAGCGUUUCAAAAGUUGAGAGUUACGGUCACGAUGACUCUUCGUAUCCUGUUGGGUCGCGUCCUGGAGAAUAUUAUCCAAAUAUAGAUACCCGGAGAUAG